AUGGAUAAAAGUCUCAACUGUAAGUUAGUCAGCUUCAAUUGUAGAAGUAUAAAACGCUCAGUUGACGAUGUCAGGUUUUUGUGUCAGUCGGCGAGUGUGAUAGCACUUCAAGAAACUUGGUUAUUUGGACACGAUAUUCAGUUUCUUAGCGGGAUUGAUAAGCGUUUCGGCAGCACGGGCACAUCUGCAAUGGAUUCGGCGGCGGGCAUGGUUUCUGGCCGGCCUUAUGGGGGCGUUGGGCUGCUUUGGAACAAAAGUGUUUUCCAAAAUGUGUCGGUCAUGUAUUGUGAUAAUCCACGAAUAUGUGGCAUACAAAUAGUGCUGGGCGAUAGGUCCAUUUUAGUAUUUAGUGUGUACAUGCCUACAGAUAAAAUGGUAAAUCUUACGGAAUUUACUGAUUGCCUCAGUUCGGUGAAUGCUAUUAUUAAUAGUAGUAGUGUAGAAUCUGUAUACAUCCUUGGUGACUUUAACGCCCAUCCGAAUGAGCGGUUUUAUGACGAGUUGAUGUGUUUUUGUGACGAACAAGAGUGGUCAUGUGUAGAUGUACAGCUGCUAGGUGUAAGUUCGGGCACACACACUUUUGUAAGUGAAGUCCACGGGUCGAGAAGGUGGCUUGAUCACUGUGUGGCGACGAAAUCUGCUGUAUCGUCUAUUUUAAAUGUUUAUGUUAAUUAUGAUGUCUACUGGUCUGACCAUUAUCCUUUAGUUAUUGAAUGCAACUUGGAUAUUGUCAAACCAAAGUUGAAUUUUGUAUGUAAAGUUACAAACGAGAUUCUAUGGGGAGAUAGAAAGCCGGAGGAGAUCGGGAUAUAUACAAAAUUAUGUAAUGAAAAAUUAAGAGCCUUCGAUUUUCCCGAAGAAUUUCUUUCUUGUAGUGAUUGUGUUUGUAAGUGCAUUGAUCACAAAUUACUUAUCGAUAAAUUAUAUAGCGAAAUUGUAAACGCUUUAUCUGUGGCUGCCACUGAAUCCAACACUGUAAGAUCGCGCAUUGGCAAGCGGCCUGUGGUUGGGUGGAACAGAUAUGUACGCGAUGCCCACAGGGAGGCCAGGUCGAAGUUUUUAAUGUGGGUUUGGUGGGGAAAGCCAAAAAAUGGUAGUAUAUAUGAGGAAAUGCACGGGAGUCGUAGUUUGUUUAAGUCGCGCUUAAAGUGGUGUCAGAACCACAGUGAACAAAUAAAAAUGGACAUCUUGGCUACUCAGCACGCGAAAAAUGAUUUUCGUAAUUUUUGGAAAUCGACCAAUAAUUUAAAUAGUAAACCUGGCCUACCAGUGAGCGUUAAUGGUAUUAAUGAUCAUGGUCUUAUAGCGAAUAUGUUUAGAGAGCAUUUUACAGUGACAUCACCGUUGGGGCCAUCACAGGCCAUAGGAGAUUGGGGUACGUGUGGCCAGGAGAUUGGAAUCCGAUUUACAGCGAAGGAUGUCAAUAAGGCUAUAGGUUCUAUGUCGCGUGGCAAGUCUCCUGGCCAUGACAGACUUAGUAUUGAACACCUAAAGCAUGCGGGUCCUCACUUACCUAGGGUACUUGCCAUGUUUUAUAACUUAUGUAUAGCGCAUUCGUACUUGCCCGCGGCUCUGAUGAGAACUGUGGUGGUGCCAAUUGUGAAGAACAAAACUGGGGACAUAUCUGAUAAGUCCAACUACAGGCCUAUCUCACUUGCCACGAUUGUUGCGAAAGUGCUUGACAGUUUGCUUAACGCCCAGCUUGAUAAACACUUAUGCCUACACGACAAUCAGUUUGGCUUCAGGCCCGGUUUGUCAACAGAGUCGGCCAUAUUAUGUUUGAAGCAAACUGUGAAGUACUAUUCGGUUAGACGAACGCCUAUUUAUGCCUGUUUUCUGGACCUUAGCAAGGCGUUCGAUCUGGUGAAUUAUGAGAUCCUAUGGCAGAAAUUGAAAGAUACUGGACUGCCUGAAGAAGUUACUAGGAUCUUCAAAUUUUGGUAUCGAAACCAGGUCAAUGUAGUGCGAUGGUCGGAAACCUAUUCGCAGCCAUAUAGGCUGGAGUGUGGGGUACGACAGGGGGGCUUAACUUCCCCUAAGCUCUUCAACCUUUAUGUGAAUGCACUGAUAGAGUUGCUUAGCACCACUCAUGUCGGUUGUCAUAUUGACGAAGUAUGCCUCAACAACGUCAGUUACGCAGACGACAUGGUGUUGCUGAGUGCUUCUGUUUGUGGCUUGGCAAAAUUGUUGAGCAUAUGUGAAAGCUACGCCCGCAGUCACGGAUUGAUUUAUAACGUUAAUAAAAGCGAAUGCAUGGUCUUUCAGGCUAAAGGGAAAGCCUUGCCCUCAUAUAUACCACCCAUUAAGUUAUACGGUACCCCGUUAAGAAGGGUGUCUCAGUUUAAGUACCUGGGUCAUAUGGUGUCCUUUGACCUGAAAGACGAUGCUGAUAUAGAGAGAGAGCGCAGGGCAUUGUCUGUUAGAGCGAACAUGAUCGCUCGCAGGUUUGCUCGUUGUUCGGUCCCUGUAAAAGUAACGCUAUUCAGAGCUUACUGCACGUCCUUUUACACGAGCAGUCUGUGGGUGGACUACACGCAGAAACAGUACAAUGCCCUGCGUGUUCAAUACAAUAAUGCAUUCAGGAUGCUAUUGGGUCUGCCUCGUUACUGUAGUGCAUCGGGUAUGUUCGCAGAUGCGCGUGUGGAUUGUUUCUACACCACCAUGCGUAAACGAUGCACAUCCCUGGUGCGCAGGGUGCGGGACAGUUCGAAUGGCAUCCUGAGAGCAUUUUCUGACAGGUUUGAUUGUCAGUACCUGAACCAUUGUCAUAUGGUGCACGUGCUGACUAAUCGGGCCUGUCUUAGAUAUAGUUUUAGAAUUAGGUAA